CUCAGGUGAUCUGCCCGCCUCAGCCUCCCAAAAUGCUGGGAUCACAGGCAUUAGCCACCACACCUGGACAGAAAUGUCUUUUUACAAAGGGCGCAAUCCCCAGCCCCUGCUUUUCCCUGCAGGAGCUGACUCAAUGCUCCCCUGACUGAGAGCCCCUCAGCCCCAUGGCUAUGACCUGCUACCCACAGACAAAGAGAGGCCAUCAGGGGCUGAUGAAACACAGAAGCAGGAAGUGGCUGGGAGCAGCCAGGGAUGGGGGUUCCCACGGGAGAGGAGCACCUCAAGGAAGAUGCCCACGGGGGCACAGGUGGUCAGGGCUUGGCCUAAGGACCAGGUUGCCAAGCGGAGCACAUCCCCACAGUCGGCACUGGAGAACGGGAACCCAACCUAGGGUACGGGUUGCUUCACCCCCUCGUGGACCUCCCCCUCAGCUGGGGUGCGGAGGCUAAGCCUGGGGGCCCAGUUGUCCCUGGUCCCCAAGCAGUAGCCCCCUCUGCCUCCAGGGUGGGCCUGGAGCAGGAGGGGGGCUCUGCCUGGGGGCCGGGCUCUCUGGGGCCGCCGUCGCGCCGCCCCCUCCUCGCGCCGCAUACCUUGCCCACAGCCGAGCAGCUGGGAGGCUAUUUAUAAAGGCGGGUGAGAUCAGCGGCCGGCCGAGGCUAUAAAUUCACAGGCCGCAGCCAGGCCCCACAGGAGCAGCCGCCCGGGGCACCGGAGCUGCGGGCUGCGCAGCCGGGAUGAGCGCGAGCACGGGCGGUGUUGGGGGCAGUGGCAGUGGCGGCGGCGGCAGCGGCAGCAGCAGCAGCAGCAGCAGCAGCAGCUCACAGGCCUCCUGCGGGCCCGAGUCUUCAGGCUCUGAACUAGCCCUGGCCACGCCGGCGCCUCAGAUGCUGCAGGGGCUUCUGGGCUCUGACGAUGAGGAACAGGAAGACCCCAAGGAUUACUGCAAGGGUGGCUACUACCCUGUGAAGAUUGGCGACCUGUUCAAUGGGCGGUACCACGUGGUGCGCAAACUGGGCUGGGGCCACUUCUCCACUGUCUGGCUCUGCUGGGACAUCCAGCGCAAGCGCUUUGUGGCCCUGAAAGUGGUGAAGAGUGCAGGGCAUUACACGGAGACAGCUGUGGAUGAGAUCAAGCUCCUGAAAUGUGUCCGAGACAGCGACCCCAGUGACCCCAAAAGAGAGACCAUUGUCCAGCUCAUUGAUGACUUCAGGAUCUCAGGAGUCAAUGGAGUCCAUGUGUGUAUGGUGCUGGAGGUGCUGGGCCACCAGCUCCUCAAAUGGAUCAUCAAGUCCAACUACCAGGGCCUGCCUGUGCCCUGCGUGAAGAGCAUCGUGAGGCAGGUGCUGCAUGGCCUGGACUACCUCCAUACCAAGUGCAAGAUCAUCCACACGGACAUUAAGCCCGAGAACAUCCUGCUAUGUGUGGGGGACGCCUACAUCAGGCGCCUGGCUGCUGAGGCCACGGAGUGGCAACAGGCAGGGGCGCCGCCCCCUUCCCGCUCCAUAGUCAGUACUGCCCCCCAGGAGGUCUUGCAGACCGGUAAGCUGUCCAAAAACAAGAGGAAGAAGAUGAGGCGCAAACGGAAACAGCAGAAGCGGCUGCUGGAGGAGCGGCUGCGGGACCUGCAGAGACUGGAGGCCAUGGAGGCCACGACCCAGGCUGAGGACUCUGGCUUGAGACUAGACGGGGGCAGCGGCUCCACCUCCUCUUCAGGUUGCCACCCCGAGGGCGCCAGAGCAGGUCCCUCCCCAGACUCUUCCUCCCCCGCCCCGGGGGAUGGUCGUAGCCUCAGCCCCGGCUCACAGACCUCAGGUUUCUCUGGCUCCCUCUUCUCUCCUGCCUCCUGCUCCAUCCUCUCCGGCUCAUCCAAUCAGCGAGAGACCGGGGGCCUCUUGUCACCUAGCACACCAUUCGGUGCCUCGAACCUCCUGGUGAACCCCCUGGAGCCCCAAAAUGCAGAUAAGAUCAAGAUCAAGAUCGCAGACCUGGGCAACGCCUGCUGGGUGGUACGCGCAAGCCUGGGAGAGCAGAGUGGGGGGCCCUGGUCCAAGGGUGGAGGCACAGGGCCACUCUUGGGGAGCCCUGCCCCAGCCUGCAGUGCACAUGAACCAUUGGCUAGGUGGGCAUGGGUCCUGCCCAGUCAACAGCACCGGGGCUGUGGGCAAGGGCAGGGGCCAUUAGGAAAGGGUCGGCCUCAGCCUCAGAUCACUGGGCCUGUCCCUCUUGGAAGAUCUGGGGACCCCGAGGCUCAGAGCAAGCCCCACCGAGCUCCUUGGGUAGGUGGAUCGGGGUGGGGUAGGAGUCCGUGGGGGCGGGCCAGCCUUGGCCCUGGCUCCUGUCCCCAGGGCUCCCCUUGCCUCCAGCACAAGCACUUCACAGAGGACAUCCAGACUCGGCAGUACCGGGCCGUCGAGGUGCUGAUUGGCGCCGAAUAUGGCCCCCCAGCAGACAUCUGGAGCACAGCCUGCAUGGCCUUCGAGCUGGCCACUGGUGACUACCUGUUCGAGCCACAUUCUGGAGAAGACUACAGUCGUGACGAGGACCACAUAGCUCACAUCGUGGAGCUUCUGGGGGACAUCCCCCCAGCCUUCGCCCUCUCAGGCCGCUAUUCCCGGGAGUUCUUCAACCGGAGAGGAGAGCUGCGGCACAUUCACAAUCUCAAGCACUGGGGCCUGUACGAGGUGCUCAUGGAAAAGUACGAGUGGCCCCUAGAGCAGGCCACGCAGUUCAGUGCCUUCCUGCUGCCCAUGAUGGAGUACAUCCCCGAAAAGCGGGCCAGUGCCGCUGACUGCCUCCAGCACCCCUGGCUCAACCCCUAGGCCCGGCCACGGCUCCACCUCCAGCUCUCCGUGCCUUGAGGGAAAAGCGGCACAACUCUCACCACCCUUCUGGGCGCCAGCUCCCCACAACCGCAGGGCAGAAGAGACGCUGGAGCCAGGCCCGGCUCUCAGAGCGUGUUCUGCCUGAGACCCCCAGGUGGGCCCUUGGAGAAAGUGUGUGUGUUCCUUUCUUAAUAAAGCGUGGACUGAA